UGUCUGAACUCUAGAGACAGAGUUAUGGCCCUGAAUUUAUAGGUAAAGAAGCUAAGACUUGGAGCCAUCCCGAUGUGAGGCCCAGGCUCGCCCAGAGUGCUCUGGUGGUCCAGGAAGUCCUUCACCCAGGAGCUGAGGAUGAUUGGAUAGCCUUGGGCUGCCAGUCUGGAUCUCAGGGCUCAGGACAGUGCCUCAGACCUGGGUUUGUGUAGAAGGCAGGCCUGAGCCAGGAAACACAGCCUGAGCAGGGACUUCUGCCUUCUUCCUCCCUUCUCCGUGGCCCAUCCCCUCUCUCGGCACCUGGGCUUGCUGAUCUGGACCCAGACCAGGAGAUGCAGGCUAGAAGUGAGGGCUCCUUUAAGAAAGGGAAGAGCCCCAGCGUGCUGGGUGACACGCCCUGGCCUCUCCUGGGCACCCUGCCCGGCAAGCUACAGCCACUCUCCAAAGGCCAAGCUUCUCGAACCCACCAGAUCUUUGCGGAUGUGGAGGAAAUCUUAGGCAGGGCCCCAGCCCAGUGCAGGACAGAAUUGGGUGACCAGCAGGGCCUGGGGAAACCCCAGAAGCCGACAGACAAAAUCUACCUGGGGUUUUCCGACCCUGAAAUAGAAGAGCUGGAACUGAGGACCAGACAGCAGAAGCCCAGCGCCCUGGGCGCUGAGAACACGAGGCCCCUCCAGAAUGGGCAGGAUGUGCUGGAAGGCAGGAGCCAGGCCUCUGUGUACUCAGGGCUUUCUGAAACCAUCACCGGCCUACAGCUGAGAGGGGAGCAGCAUGGCCACCACGUGGCCAAAUGGGGCUCCACUGGCCCCGGGGGAGACAAGAGCCAGAGUCCCAUUCCCUCACCGUCCCUGGAGGAGGACCACUCCCAGUCCCUGUGUUCCUCUGACCACAUGCCGCCUACCAGGAAGAGCCAAGCGCUCUUGCUAGAUAGCGCCGCGACUGAUGGCCUGAGCUGGCGGGGCGUUUCCAGGGAAGGUGGUAGUGUGGGCAGGGGGAGGAAGAGGAAAGAGCCCCCAGAACUGUGGAUGGGGCAGGUCUCCGAGCUUGUCAACCAGGACAUCCUGGGGAGCUGCAAGGAGACAGGACCCGAUGCCCCUGAGGCUCUAGGGGCAUCAGCCAAAGACCCGCCGCAGGAGCUCUUCUUGCUGCCGCCCGCCCUGCUGGCCUUAGAGCUGGCCCAGAAUGCCCCUGCCGGGAGUGCCCCCGGACGCUCCCCUGACGGUGAGGAGAGACAACCCCCGGGGUCCCUAGAGCCCCCCGAAGAAGACAGGAAGCCUAGUGAGUCUGAGCCUGACGUGGAGAGCAGCAGCCUGGCUUCUCACCUGGGCUCGCAGAUCCUGGGUGAGGUGAGCAACUUCCCUUGGGACCUGCAGAGCUCGCAGGGCUCUGAGCAGGACGGGGGCCAGCCGGCUCCCAGGGCCAGAGGGCAGCGCCGCAGCCCCUUCCUGGGACUGCAGUUGGCCCACUUGCAGAGCUCUGCCGACGAGCAGUCAGAGAGCGAAGACUACUCUGAGGACCAGAGAUUCUACCGGCACAUCCUGCAGAUGGUCAAGAUCUCCAGGCGGCUAGAGGGCCUGGAGCUGCCCGAGAGCACGCGGGAGACGCCGUGUAAGGCUCUCGCCAGCAUGGUCUGUUGCCUGGCGGCCGAGUCUCCCAGAAUGUCUAGUGAGGGUGAGCAUGAGGCUGGCAGAGCCGUGGAGAGGGACUCGAGGCUCCUGGCUUGGGGGCCGGAGAUGCUGGAGCACCCUCAGGAGGCGGCUCUUGCCCCUGCUGGCCAGGCGGUCCCUCAGCAAACCUGUGUCCAGCCCAGCAGCAGCCCCCUCAGCCAGGGGCCGGUCGAGCUGAGGUGCAGCAGAGGGCUCGCUGCGGAUUGGGGCAAGGUGAGGCUUCUCAGCCAGGUAGGCCUCUUAGUGAGUGGGGCCUAUGGGCCUCCGUGA